CCCUACCACACACUUCCUUCCAUCUAUCUAAGCCUAAUGGCAGACUUCCACACCUCGUUAUGACACGUCGCACAAAAUACCUUCUGGGUAUUCUCAUCACAAACCCCGCUACGCAACUCCUUCUGUUUAUGCCCGAACGGCAUACUUCUUCGUCUCGUCGUAGCGCAUCGAAAACGCAGGUCGCGAACGAAAGAAUACUUUGCCUAUCUACGUCUCUGCGAGUGAGUCUGUAUAAAGGCCCCACUCCCUGCAUCGAUUUUACACUCAACACCCCAACACCCGUUGUUGACAAGCGUGCCAUGAAGCCGUUUGCAUAUCUCGUCGCUGAGGGCUCCCCUGAUGCCGAAGGUAAUUCUCUAGCGCUGGCUAUCUUGUUGCCGAGGGCUCCUCUGAUGUCGAUGGUAAUUCUUCAAUGCUAGUUUUGGCGUGUUCUAUUCACUUUGUUCCCAACAUAGACGUCGAGAAGCGUGGCGAGCAGUAUUCGGUUGGGGGAGGGCAGUGAGUGAAGUUAGUGCAAGUUACUCGUCUGAUCACGAGGGCUUUGUC